UACAGCAUCAGGAACAAAUGAUUUUCAUGUUUAACACAAAUUUUAAACAAUAUUCGGAAUAUGACAAGAAACAUUAUUUCCAGCUAGUGGUAACGACAAAUUAAUUUAACAAAUAUGGCAACACUUUCCACACACGUGCUCAAAACAAAACAAAACACUCAUACAGCUGCGAGAGAACUCCAAUCAUUUGUUGUUUUCUUAUUAAACUAAAUAAAUAAAUUGUUUCAAAAUAGUGAAGAAAUAUGGAAAAUCAAGAAGUUGAAAUGGAAUACAUUGAAGCUGAAGAUGAUGAAGAUUCAGAUGAUAUGGAAAACGAUAGCGAUGAAGGCGAACCAAACAAACCAAAGGAAGUAUAUUUGCCGGGUAAACCUUUAGACAAGGAUGAGGAAUUGGUUUGUGAUGAGUCUGCAUAUGUUAUGUUACAUCAAGCUUCGACCGGUGCACCUUGUCUCAGUUUUGAUAUUAUACCCGAUGAAUUGGGAGAGACACGAGAAAAAUUUCCAUUGACUGCAUACAUGGUGGCUGGGACACAAGCAGCUCGCACACAUGUCAAUAAUUUAAUUGUGAUGAAAAUGGAUAAUUUGCAUAAAACGCAAGAUGAUGAUAACGAUGAUGAUAAUAAUGAAGAGCUGGAAGACGAUGAAGAUGAUGUGCCGAAUAGAGAACAACAUAAACAACCGAAUAUGACAUGUGCGCUUAUUAAACAUCAGGGCUGCGUAAAUCGUAUACGCGCAAAACGUAUCGGUAACACAGUUUUUGCAGCAAGUUGGAGCGAACUUGGACGUGUUAAUAUAUGGAAUUUAUCCAAACAAUUACAAGCUAUAGAAGAUGCACAAUUGCUUAAACAAUAUGAACGUGAGGUGGCAAAUGAACCAGUACAACCAGUUUACACAUUUAGUGGUCAUCAGAAAGAGGGAUUUGCUGUUGAUUGGAGCAGUUGUACAGAAGGUGUUUUAGCUACUGGCGAUUGCAAACGUGAUAUACACAUUUGGAGUCCACAAGAAGAUGGCAGUUGGAAAGUAGAUCAACGCCCUUUAGUGGGGCAUACAGCAUCUGUUGAAGACCUACAAUGGAGUCCAAAUGAAAGCAGUGUAUUGGCUUCAUGUUCUGUUGAUAAGACUAUACGUAUUUGGGAUUGUCGUGCCGCGCCACAAAAAGCUUGCAUGUUAACCUGUGACAAUGCACAUCAGAGUGAUAUAAAUGUCAUUUCUUGGAAUCGUACUGAACCUUUUAUAGCAAGUGGCGGUGAUGAUGGAUUUUUACAUAUUUGGGAUCUACGUCAAUUUCAAACUAAAAAACCCAUUGCUACAUUUAAACAUCAUACUGAUCAUGUCACUACUGUAGAGUGGAAUCCACGCGAUGCGACAGUUUUAGCUUCUGGCGGAGAUGAUGAUCAAAUUGCGCUUUGGGAUUUAGCAGUUGAGAAAGAUGCUGAUCAAGAGGUUACACAAUCACAAAACGAUGAUGAAAUAAAUAAUCUACCACCGCAAUUACUUUUUAUACAUCAAGGUCAAAAAGAGAUUAAGGAACUGCAUUGGCACCCACAACUCCCCGGUGUGAUACUGUCAACUGCAAAUAGUGGAUUUAAUAUCUUUCGCACGAUAAGCGUUUAGGUUAUAGCUGGCUUUUUUCUCUGUUAUUGUAUAAACAAUGGCUUGUUGAUAAAAUCUAAUAAAAUAACUCAAACAUGAUUGUUGGAAAAGUUAUUAUCUGAAAUAACAAAUACAAAUGUAUAAGUGUAAAAUAUGUAUAAUUUAUUAAAAUAUGCAA